AUGGACCCGAAUCAACACCACACAUCCUCGGGAGGAGAUGGAGGCGACAGCCCUACCGUAGGCCCACUACGCAUCUACAAGCCACAAAGCCCAACACCGGCUGAGAGACCAGCUGCUGUACGCUACCCUGCCCCUCCUUCAUCCUCGUCGCCGGCUGCCAAAUCCCCCUUCCAGUUACCACCGGGCGCUUCUAGUUCUGCGGCACCCCUCGUGUUCCCAGAGGACGACGACGUUCGAAAACCUUCGCCUUUGCAAGCGCAGAGGUCCUACGUCGACACCAGCUUCCGCUUGGAGAGUCCCGUGGACAAGAAGCCGGGUCUGGCUGAGCGGAGGGGCACUGCACCCAAGCCUAUCGCCUCCCCAACAAGCCCCGAAGACGACCAGGAUCUAUUCGCGCGGCCACUGCAGGCGCAAUCGCAACCGCCAGCAUCUACAACCAACUACCCCAGCUACCAGAAGCAGGCAUACUACCCUCCUCCAGGCGGCGCGUCGGCUGGGGCCGCGUCGAGACCAACGGGCAACAUGAACGACUCGGUGAACCGCUUCGACUCCAUCUCUACGACGCGCGCAAGCCGCGGCUCCCCACCGCCACCCGAAACGCCCAUAGUCGAGCCUGGCAACGUUCCCGGCGGCGGUAUAGAGGCUCGAUAUGCGGCUGCUGGCAUCUCGGGCAAUGCGACUCUUACCGGUCUUCAAGCGUCCCAGGCGCAGAGCGCUGCGGCUGCCUCAAGAUUGGCGCAGUACGGCAACCAAAGGCCCCAACCCCAUCGGCCGUGGACGCCCACAGAGUCUCCAGAUCAAGCCCCGUCGGGUCCGCCGACCGUGUAUCAAGGCGCCAAUCCUGUUGCUAGCCCGCAGAGCAACAACAGGCAGUCGUUCAGCCCCCCGCCUCAACCCUCGUCUCAGAACCCUGGCGGCCAGCCCGUUCAGACCAGCGUCCUUGAGCAGGACUUCCAACGCUUGGGUACAAGCUCUCCUCCUCCUGCUUACUCAAGCGUGAAUCCCGGUGGCAACUCAGAGUACCCCCAAGAAAAGGGGCGACCACAACAGCAGCAGCAGCAACAGCAACAGCAACAGCAACCCGGGCAGCAGCAGCAGCAGCAGCAAGGGCAAGGUAGCAGCAGCGGACAGCAGCCACAGAUCAACGGUGCUUCACCAGCCAAAACCCAGGCCUCUAUCGCUGCGUCUGGACUGGCUUCCCCAGCCCUGCAGCACCCUGGCCAUCCCGCCUUCGCCAAUGACCCAACCCACGAGCAGAAUGGCCAGAGCAGCUCACAACAGGUGGUUGCGCCUACGCCUACCGCUCAGCAACAUCCUGCAUCUCCGCCGCCUCUACCGGAGGGAUGGAUAGCACAUCUUGACCAGAACUCGGGCCAAUACUACUAUAUCCAUCUGCCGACCCAAGCCACCCAGUGGGAGUUUCCAAAAGGCCCCAACCCCAUCACAGUCGAACAGACGCCUCUCUCCCCUACGGCAUCGACAUAUGGCAAUCCAUUGGCAUCGCCCAUGUUUGGCAAGCAGAAUCUCGCAUCACCAAUGUUCGCUCCUCACACGCCGGUCUAUGCAGAAAGCAUCAUGAGUGUCGCACAGAGCCAGGCGCCGUCAACGGUAGGCUUUUCCGGUCCGCCGCCCAGCGCUGGAGUGGACAUGUACAGGAUCCAACCCACAAACGGUGUCUACUUCGGACCCUACUUAAGAUAUGGAAACAUGGACAUGGAGAAGGGUCUUUGGCUCGGCAGCAUUCUCAUUGUCACCGAUGCACCCCAGCCGCCGACUAUCCAUUUGCAUUUGAGUAUGGAUCUCUCUCCUAACCCAAGGCAGCUGGAGCCACGGGUCAUACAUACACACCAGCGAUGGUCGUUUUAUAAGUACGAGAUGGAUCUGCCGAUGGGCGAAGGUGGCACCGAGCGCUGGACGUACGCUGUCACCUCUCACAUGGGAUGCACUAGGUACGAAUUCGUGGUCGCAGGACGCUAUGAGACCAACUGGCGCUUUAUCGCCCAUUCUGGUAACGAUUUCGCCGGUACAACAUCCCAGAAUGAGCGAGCCAAGCUAGGAGGUGUAGGGUUCAUGUGGAAAGACGUUCUGCAGAAGAACGUCGACUGCAACGGGUUUCACGUGCAGCUCGGCCUGGGUGAUCAGAUCUAUGGUGACAGACUCUGGAAAGAGGUCCCAAUACUCAGACAAUGGCUCGCAAUGAGUGGCAGGGAAAACAGGAAGAAUACCCAGUGGACCGCGCGGCACGAGGAGGAUGUGACGCACGCCUACUUCCACUACUACACCAGUCACUUUGAUCAGCCGUUCCUCCGAGAGGCAUUUGCCCAGAUCCCCCAUAUCUUGCAGAUUGACGACCAUGACAUUUUCGAUGGCUAUGGUUCAUACCCUGAUUACAUGCAGAAUUCGCCCAUUUUCAAGAACAUUGGCCGAAUCGCCACCGACCUAUAUCUCCUGUUCCAACACCACACCACUGCCGACCUGAUGCGCAAUGUCAGCACCGACAAUGACAUCUUUACAGUUACCGGAACGGGCUGGCACUUUGUGAAACAUCUUGGUCCAGCUAUGGUUGUCGUCGGUCCGGAUUGCCGCUCCGAGCGCAGCCAAGCUCGGGUCAUGGCAGGGCCGACAUAUCAAGGCUUGUUCCCCAAAAUCGCUACCCUCCCACCAAGCGUGCAGCACUGUGUCUGGAUGGUAUCAGUGCCGUUAGUCUAUCCUCGUCUCGACACCGUUGAGAGUCUGGCGAACACAGUUGCGGCGGGCAAGAAGGCCGUCAACACGACAUAUAACAUUUUGGGCAAGGUCACCAGCUCGGUCGCCGGGGUUGUCGGUCAAAAGGAUAUGGUGGCACAAGGCUUCACGCAUGUGAAGAAGGCCGUGGGGAAGACUGGUCUCAUGGGCAACGUGCUCAACCAAUUUGGUGAGCUCGACAUCCAGGAGGUGCUGAAGGAUUUGUGGACACACGAGACGAAGGACCUGGAGCGGACGUACUUUAUCCGCACCCUUCAGGGGAUUGCGCGGGAAAAGGGGAUACGCAUGACAUUCCUGUCCGGAGAUGUCAACGCUGCUGGCGCUGGUCUGGUCCACGACCCUACCCAUCCAGGUGAUCACAAGACAAUGUAUCAAGUCAUCACCUCGCCCAUCGUCGCCGCACCUCAGAGCAACUACGUCCUCAAGAUGCUACACAACCAAAAGACGCUCUACGUACCGCCGAAUGGGCAAAAGUCGACCCACGAGGUCACGGAUACAAAGGAAGAUAUGAUGGAGAUCUUCCACAACGACGCAAGCGGUACUGCUCGCGAGCUCAAGAAGCUCAUUGGUCGGAGGAACUACGCCGCCUUUGUUGCCUUUGAUCAAGAGGCGGCGCAGCAGCAGAAUCAAGUUCCCUUCAGCCCGAAUCCCAGCUUGGCUGGCAGCGGCCAGCAGGGGCAGUCCAAGCUCAGCCUGGCCGUCGACUUUGUGGUGCAGGGCGAUGGUGCCUACACUGCGCCUACCAAGUACGGGCCUGUCAUUAUACCCCAUCUCGAGUUUGGACGGUAG